AUGACCGUUUCGAUUACUCCAUGCCAUUUAGCUAGAUACUUGAAUCUCACGGCUGCUGAAGACAGGAUACGAAGACUUGAAGAAGCCUUCUCAGAAUUGUUACCCGACGCUAAUAUCGAUGAAAUCCUAAGCCCAACGGAGAAUGGAACCCACCAUGCACCGCCUCAGCGAAAUCCGGCACCAGUGUCAAGGCCAGGGGGCGGAAUGUCCGCAGGUCGUGCCAGUCUAAGAGACAGUGCAUCCCCAGGGGCCGAGGAAUCUUUGCCUCAGAAGCCAGACGGCUUCGACUGGGUGGAAGAAACCACAUUCAGCAGUCUCUCAGAUGGCAUGGCGGCCUUAUCGAUGAAACCAGAGGGCACAGGAUAUCUCGGCUCUACAUCGAGUGUGAUGCCUCUACGUGCCUUGUUGGUUGGUGAUUUAGGGCUCGAAUCCUUGAACCAGGUGCCGAUGAAUAACUCUGCCAUUGUCACUGCCACAUUCCCAGGACCUACAGCACCCCUACCUGGAUACUCGGAGAAUUUCUUCAUUGACGCCUAUUUCCGGUAUUAUCACACAACAUAUCCCUUCCUCCAUGAACAAACGUUUAGAGCUCAAUAUGGGGGUCAGUCCCCGCGGCCUAGAGGUGAAACCUGGCCGAUACUCCUCAAUACAGUCCUUGCUCUGGGGGCUUGGAGUAUUGGUGAGGAAGAUUCCACACUGGACGACACAUUUUACCAUGCAGUGAACAGGCACUCGCAAGACACUUCUGUCUUUGAAGUCGGCAACUUAGCGCUUGUGCAGGCCCUUCUCUUGUUGAGCAAUUAUACCCAAAAACGCAACAAACCUAAUACCGGUUGGAACUAUCUAGGCCUUGCUGUGAGGAUGGCAUUGAGUCUUGGCCUACAUAAAGAGUUCCCUGGAUGGAAGAUAAGUGAUUUAGAACGCGAGAUGAGAAGACGUGUUUGGUGGGGGGUUUACAUCUUUGACUCCGGGGCGUCGAUUACCUUCGGACGCCCGGUGCUUUUACCUGAAAUCAGUAUCAUGGAUGCCAAUCAAGUUCUGAAUAUCCAUGAAGAGCAUCUAACUCCAACUACCACUUCCCUGCCAGAUGAGAUUGACUCACCUACAGUCUACUCGAGCCUCAUCGUGCAAUCUAAGCUCCACCAAGCUACAAACCCAGUCUAUCACCGGCUAAUAUCCAACCCCCCGCCAGUUGCACACGAACUACUCAGUCUCCAGCAGCCUAUCGACGACUGGGAGGCUUCAAUCCCUCCUUAUUUUCAACUUGAUAACCCUGAUGUACACCAACACGACGCUUUAAUCUUAGCUAGAUAUCGCCUGACAUGGCGCGCUGCAAAUCUACGCAUCAUUCUUUUUCGCCCAAUCGUCUUACGUUGGGCGGCAAGACGCUGGACUGCUCAAGAUAUUUCCGACGCUGAAGAUCCGGAAGAGGCACAGUGUAGGCAAUUGUGCCUCCAGAGCGCGAGGGAGACAAUCGCGAGCAUAUCGCAAUAUAUGACAACAAACAUUCCGUCGAGGCUAGGUAGUUGGUACAUGCUCUACUUCCUCUUCCAGGCUGGACUAAUUCCAAUUAUCUUCUUGAUCACUACAUCCACGUCACCCUCGGCACCAUCCUGGCUCGACGACCUUCGCGUCACUAAAGAUCUCCUCUCGUACGCCGCAAUUACCAAUCAGCUAGCGGGUCGUUGUCUUGAAGUCAUCAACCGCUUCUGCGCAAUGCUCUUCGAUGCUGAGCAACCCGAGGCCAUGCUGCAAGACCCAGGCCUCUUUGACGAUGUCCAUUCCAUGUUCGUAGGCGAAUACGGGGAUGGGAUGGACUUUCUAGACUGGAGCAGCUUUGGAUUGCAACCGGGGAGCCUAAUGCCGCUUCCGCCAGGAGACACAUAA